AUGAUUGUUGAUAAAGCUAAAAUGUACACUAACAGUGAACACGGUUUCAAUUCUUCAGCGAAUCAUAUUGCUGAAUUUCUUGUCGACCCAGAACUCAGGAUGCUUAAUAAUUUGCCGGCUUUGCCGUACAGAGAAUCAUUUAUGGUGGCAUCUUUUGACGGAGACGAUCCCAAUUUAUACGUGACUGAUUCGUAUGGUACUAUUUCUCAAGUUCUUGCAAGUGCAAUAGGCCGUGAAAGUGGUACAACAACAAAAUCGUUGGAAACGAACUUUUCAAUAGCGAAGAAAGGUAUAUUAGGUGCUAUAGAACUAGCUUUACAAAGUCUCUGUACGGUUACUAAGCCUGAUGCCAAUUAUAUUGAUGUAGGAGUUAUAACACCAAAUCGUCCGUUUGAGAUGGUCGACAAAAACAUAGUUCAAGCAUGUUUGAAUCAAAUGACUAUUAUAAAAAUCGAAAAGUGA